CGACGGUGGAAUCGGCGUCUCGAGGGGGAGCGCGCCGGUUUUUCGGCCAGAUCUGGGGUCCCAGAGGCUCAAGCCAUUUUGGCUCAAGCCAUUUUGACUUAAGGUAUUUACAAUGUGGCUCAAGCCGCGGUGCCGUGUCUUCUCGGAUGCUGGGCAUCGGCCGAGGGUCUCGAGAAGGCGUUAUUUCCCUCGAAGCGUCGAUCAAGAGCUGCGGUCGGACAAAACAAUGGAGCGUAGCACUGCGGUUGCUCCGCGAAGGACUUCGAUUAGGUGUGCAACUUGUCCCAGGCCACUACAUUGCGACUGCCAGCGCAUGCAGAAAAGGCGGGCAAUGGCAACACGCGCUUUCAGUGCUCAGUGACAUGUGGAGGUGGCAGCCGGCGCUUGCGCUGCUGAGCGAGAUGUGGGAGGCGAAGCUGGAGCCCAACGUCAUCAGCUACAACGCUGGGAUCAGCGCGUGCGAGAAGGGCGGGCAGUGGCAGCGGGCGCUUGCGCUGCUGAGCGAGAUCUACACCGCUGGGAUCAGCGCGUGCGAGAAGAGCGGGCAGUGGCAGCGGGCGCUUGCGCUGCUGAGCGAGAUGUGGGAGGCCAAGCUGGAGCCCACGUCAUCAGCUACAACGCUGGGAUCAGCGCGUGCGAGAAGGGCGGGCAGUGGCAGCGGGCGCUUGCGCUGCUGAGCGAGAUGUGGGAGGCGAAGCUGGAGCCCGACUCAGCUACAGCGCUGGGAUCAGCACCUGCGAGAAGGGCGAGCAGUGGCAGCCGGCGCCUGCGCUGCUGAGCGAGAUGUGGGAGGCGAAGCUGGAGCCCAACGUCAUC